AUGAAUAUCUCUGGUUAUUUACGUGAUAUUGGCUCUCCAACUGAACCAGAUGUUGAAUUAAUGAAAAAGAAUAUUGGAAUAUAUAUGGCACAUCUUGUCUAUUUUUCUUCAUAUAUUUCUACAAUAUCAACAUUAGCAAAAUUUUUUAAUUCAUCUUUGAAACUUGUCGAUUCUAAACAACGUUUAUUUAAUUCAAGUAAUGGUUUUGAUGAACCAUUAUCAUCAUCCUCAUCGUUCUCUAAUGGAAUGACACCACUUCGUAAUUUAUUUAUUUAUUUUCAUAUAAUAAUUAUUUUAUUUUUAUUAUUUCAAGAAUGUGAAUUACCUGUACAACAACAAACUGAAUCUGAGAAUAAAACACAUUGUUCACCUAAAUUAUCAUUAAAUAAUAAUAAAUCUAAACAACAAACUGAUGUAGCAAAACAAGCUCGUUCAAUAGUACCAACACAUAAUGGUACACAAACUGGAUUAGAAGUACGAUGUGAAGAAACUCAAACUGAUCGAAUGCCUGGACCUGGUUUUAUUCUUGCUGAACAUCAAGAUUAUCUACGAAGAUAUUCAAUGGAUGAAUUAGCAAAAUUAACACCAGCAGAUCUUAUUGCUGACGGACUUGAUCAAAGUACAGCUCAUUUACUUUGUGGUGCUUUAGAUGAUUUAAAACCGAUGAGUGUUCAUUUAAGUAGUAGUACUAAAAGUUCUCGAUCACCACUUACUUUUGUUCAAAUGCCUUCAUUAUCAUUAUCACCACCACCAUCAUCAUCACAACCAACAUCAUUACCACCAUUGUUAGAUGCUGCUUUAAUGACUGUUGUACAGCAACAACAACAACCACCUCGUACGCCGCCACCAGGUUUUGAUCGAAAUCAAUAUGAACCUAUUUUAAUUAAUUUAGCCGGUGCUCAUCCUUCUCUAUCAUCAAGUCCAAGUCCGAAAUUACCUAAAACAGGAACAACAACAUCAGGAAAAAAUGGUAUUCCUCCACUUCCACCACCAUCACUACCAUUACCGCCACCGCCGCCACCACCACAAUCAACAUCACAAACUCAACAUCAUGUACCAUUAUUAACUGCACAUUCAUUUCUAUAUAAUCCAGUUGAACCAUAUAUAUUUCCAAUAGCUAUUCCGCCUGGUUUUCCAUCAACAACACCUGAUUUUAUGCGUUUAUUUGCUCCAAAUAUGACAGCCGUAGCCACUAAUCCAACAAAUACUAGUUUUGUACAAACAUCAAAUAGUUCACAAGGAUCUGUAUCUAAUUCCCGUUCAACAACACAAUCCAAUGGUACGAAUACACCACCAGAACAAAAUGGACAAAAUCAUCAUCCAUCUCCGCCACCUCAACCAUCAUCUCGUCAUCAACAACAACAACAGCAAUCACAGCAACAACAAUCACAACAACAACAUCAGCCACAACAACAUCAUCAACAACAACAAUCACAUCAUCGUCAUAGACAAUAUCAUCAAUCUGAUUCUAUGCAAUUUCAACAACAAAAUGGAUUUCAUCCUCAACAACGACAAACACAACAAACAUCUUAUCCUCAGCAUCAACAUGUAAAACCAAAAGCAUGUUAUACUUGUGGCGAUCUUGGACAUCUUGCAUUUGCCUGUCCUGAACAGUAUUCAUCUGAUUCAAAUUAUUCGCAAAAUACGAGAGAAGGUUAUAAACUUGAUUAUCGACCACGACAGAGUACACCAACAAAUCUUCAACAACAAAGGCAAAUGCGUUCAAAUUCAAAUUCAAAAACUAAAGUUCGCGAUAAUAGUUAA